GGUGUAUUUCGCGAUCGCGAUUGACGUAUGUUGUUUAUGUGUGCGUUGCGUACAUUAUAAAACCAGACUUACUUUGCUACUUUGCUAUAUGAACGUCAUAUAUUUCAUUCAUUUGCUUCACUCUCUACGCUGUUACAUGUCCGUAAUGCCGCGAUUGAUUUGCUGCGCGUGUGUUUAUAUUUAAAAACUGCAUUUUUUUGGAGCAACAUGUGGCGAGCGCUCUGUGUUUUCUGUGAUGUGACUUUGACAUUUCAUGUGACGUAAUGUGCGGGAAAUUCGAACUUCAAAUAAAGUGCAAUAGAAUAUGCGUAUAGUUUUGUUGUUCAAUAAAUAUAUGAAGGAAUUUCAAGUGAAAGUAAGACCGUGCGAAACUUGUUGAUUGUUAAACGACACUAUGGCCUUUCUGUGAAUGGCAAAGACCAUAUACGUGAAUUUUUUUAUCGUGAUAUUUAAAAGUUUUACACCAGGAAUAUUCAGUUGAAGAAUACCAUCAUGUUUACAAUGACGGAAGGAGGUUUCGAGGUGGGGGAUUUCGUGGCGUUCGGGUUCCUAUGCGUGGCGUCCUGUGCCGGCGGGCUCUGGUACAGCGCUGUAGGCUCCCGGACUAAAGCUGUAGUCGAUAUAAGAGAUUACUUGCUCGGCGGACGAGCGAUGUCAACAUUCCCUGUUGCUAUGUCGCUUAUAGCUAGUUACGUGUCGGGAGUGACGAUAUUGGGAACACCCGCGGAGAUCUACAACUACGGCAGCCAGUACUGGCUGGUGAUCGUGGGAGUGACGCUCAGCUGUGUGGUGGUAGCGACUGUAUACCUGCCAGUGUUCUGCACGUUAAGGCUAUCAUCAUCAUACGAGUAUUUGGAGUUACGGUUCAAUCGACAUGUCCGCGCCGUGGCAUCCAUUCUGUUUUUAUUGGACGAGGUAUUAUUUCUGCCUAUGGUCAUCUAUGUUCCAGCUUUAGCAUUUAAUCAAUUGACAGGGUUUAAUGUAUACGCCGUCGGUGGCGUUAUGGUAGCGAUAUGUGGUCUUUACACAGUAUUAGGCGGUCUGCGCGCGGUGGUAUGGACAGACUCGGUGCAGACAGGCAUCAUGUUUAUUGGAGUGAUACUGGUGGCGGCGGCGGGCACCAUCGCGGUGGGCGGUGUGCGCGCCAUCCUCAACACCGCGGAGGAGUCUGGUAGACUUAGCAUCUCCAAUUGGGACUUUUCGCCGUAUGUGCGGCAGACGGGCUGGGGCUCCGUGGUGGGCGGCUUCCUCUACUGGACCUGUUUCAACUCCGUCAACCAGACGAUGGUGCAGCGCUACAUAGCGUUGUCCACCAAAAGAAAAGCUAUCACUGCAUUAGCGAUCUUCUGCGUGGGCGCGAUCCUGGCGAUCUCGCUGUGCGUUUGGUGCGGGCUGGCGGCGUGGACCGCGUGGGUGCAGGGCAGCUGCGCGCCGGCCGGCCGCCCGCUCGUCGACGACCGCCUGCUGCCCGCCUUCGUCACCUACGUCUCCAUGGCCCAGCACCUGCCGGGCCUUGCGGGAGUCUUCUUAGCUGGUGUGUUCGGAGCCGGUUUGAGUUCUCUGUCGGCGGUGCUGAACGCGUGCGCGCUGGUGGUGGUGGAGGACAUAAUGCACGGCUGGCUGCGGCUGCGGCUGCGGCCGCUGGCGGAGGGGCUGCUGGCGCGCGCCGUCACCGCCACGCUGGCACUGCUCUCGCUCCUCAUGCUCGUCGUCAUCACCAAGCUCGGCGGCGUCCUCGGCGUGGCGACGGCGCUGUCUGCGAUCGCGGCGAGCUCGACGUGCGGCAUGUUCACGCUGGGCAUGGCGUGCUGGUGGGUGGGGCCGCGCGGCGCGCUGGCGGGCGCGGUGGCGGGCGCGCUGGUCGCCGCCACCGUUUCCUUCGGCACGCAGGCGGCCGCCGCGCGCGGCCUGCGCCAGCCGCCCAUGAACUACACCAUGCACUGCACUAAUUCUACCUUCCCGCCCGCUUCCUACCUGGACCCAGAGGAAGUGUUCCCGCUGUUCCGCAUCUCGUACCACUGGAUAGCGCCGCUGGGGCUGGCGACGACGCUGUGCGUGGGCAGCGCGGUGGGGUGGCUGCUGGACGCGCGGCGCACGGUGCCGCUGGACGCGGAGCUGUUCACGCCGGCAGUGUGGCGGCUGCUGCCGGCGGCGGCGCACGACAACGCCGGCAUCACGCGCAGGAACCUCGCCAGCAAGGCCGCCGACACCCCGCCUGAUGUGCCACUCAUAGUGGGACAAGCCCCUGAUAAGAUUGAAAUGAACGGAGAGUCGAGCAGGUGAAGAUUGUGUUAUAUUUGUACAAAUGUACAUAUUGUUCAUGUACUGGUAAAGUGUAAGAUUAUUUGUUUAACAUUUAUUACAACUUAAUGACUAAUUUGUUAGGAUAUGAAGACGUUAUUGUCGUCUUUAAAAUUUAAGUUUAUCUAAUAAGUUAUGUUUGUAGUUUAACCUAACCUAUGUUAAUAAAUAAGAAUUUAUUCAACGCAUAUUUCUUGAAUAAUGAUUGUUAGUAUGCACAAUUGUGCAUUUAUUUAUUACUAAAUAUUAGUAACAUAAUAAAGUUCCUGUAAAAUCUUUUAUUUUAUAAAUUACAGAAAUAUAACAUCAAUUUUGAGACAUGUGAGUAAAAAAAAUAAUUAGAAAAAGAUUUAUACGAAAUUAAAUUUUUAAGGUUAUAUUAAAGUACUAACUUCAUAACCUUUCGUUAUAUUUACAAAAUAAUUCGUUUUUUUAACGUAUUAAUUAAAAUAUAUUUAUUUAGUGUAGUAUAUCCAAGCAUUUGUUAGAAAUAAGUGCUAUUGCCUGGUGUUUAACUCGAAUAUAAAUCAUUUGUUGCCCAAAGUGUUAUAUUUAGUGCAAAACUGGUGCUAAAACGUGGUUAUGAUUGAAAACCGCAAUUAGUUCUUUGUGUAUAUUAUUAAAUGUAAUUAAAACUAUGAAUAGAAAAUAAAAUCAUGUAUGUUAAAUAAAAUAAAGCUGAAUUCAAAUGUUUAGACAUGUUUAGAUAUAUAGGUCCUGUCCCACCACUGGCAGAUAGAGGCUAAGAUAGCUUAAAUGAUGCCGCGCCACGCCAAAGUCCGAUAUUUCUAUAACAUAUUUUACAUGUUGGAUUAUUUUGACAAUUUACAAUUUGGUGGGACAGCCCCUUAACAAUGUUAUUUAUCGAUACGUAUUUGGAAAUUACGAGGACCAAGUAAUUUGUUUAAUGUAAAGAUUUUUUCCAAAAAUAUAAGUAAAAGCAUAACUUAUUCAGUUACUUCGAUUAUGUAAAUAUUACUACACUUUAAAUGUUUUGGAGUACUAGUUAAAUAAAGUUUAUAUGUAUAACCUUUAAUCAGUAUUUGCCAGUACUUAAUAUUGUGAAUACUUAUAAAAUUAC